AGGAAUUCUGGCACUUCAUUUAUUAUUUGACGUUUGCUCGUUCUGUUCCAUCGGUCGCCAGGGUUCCGAUUUUUCUUUAUAUCUAGAAAUCCUAUUAAUAAAUUAGGAAAUCACCAGUAAUGGUCUACAUAUUUCUUAGAAUUGCCUCAUCGGCGUACAGGAAAGGAGGCCCUGUAAAGAAUGCAAGUCGAGCAUACGCAACUACCCAUGAUGCUGACUUAGUGGUGAUUGGUUCGGGCCCUGGCGGCUAUGUUGCCGCUAUUAAAGCAGCGCAACUGGGAUUUAAGACAGUGUCAGUUGAAAAGGACCCUACUCUCGGUGGUACCUGCCUUAAUGUUGGUUGCAUUCCAUCAAAGGCUUUGCUCCAUAAUUCUCACUUAUACCAUAUGGCCAAACAUGACUUCAAACAACGAGGCAUUGAGACUGGCCCAGUCUCCUACAACUUUGACAAAAUGAUGGAAUACAAAAGAAAUGCUGUGAAGGCUCUGACAGGAGGUAUUGCCAUGCUAUUCAACAAGAACAAGGUCAAACUUGUCCGAGGAGUAGGAACCAUUAUUGACCCUAAGAAGGUGCAAGUGAAGGGAGAAAAGGGAGUAGAAACAAUUAACACAAAACACAUUUUAAUCGCGACUGGCUCUGAGGUGACGCCAUUCCCUGGUGUAACGUUCGAUGAAGACCAAAUAAUUGACUCUUCGGGAGCGCUUUCUCUUAAAUCUGUUCCUAAAAAAAUGUUAGUCAUUGGCGCCGGCGUCAUUGGUUUGGAGCUUGGAUCUGUGUACCAAAGACUAGGUGCUGAAGUAACAGCCAUCGAGUUCCUCGGUACAAUUGGAGGUGUCGGAAUUGAUUUUGAAGUUGCUAAAACUUUGCAAAAGAUUCUUGCAAAGGAGGGAAUGAAGUUCAAGCUCAACACGAAAGUAACUGGAGUUAAGAAAAGCGGUGGCAAGGUUAUAGUAGAUAUUGAAGCAGCCAAAGGUGGAUCUAAGGAAACUUUGGACUGUGAUGUUGUUCUGAUCUCCAUUGGCCGUCGGCCAUACACCACGGACCUGGGUCUCAAGAACGUUGGUAUUGCCCUGGAUGACCGCGGCCGUGUGCCUGUCAACAACAAAUUCCAAACCACUGUGCCUGGAAUUUACGCCAUUGGUGAUUGCAUUCAUGGACCCAUGUUGGCCCAUAAGGCUGAAGACGAAGGAAUUGUAUGCGUGGAGGGAAUUAAGGGUAUGUCAGUACACUUCAACUAUGACGCGAUACCAUCUGUAAUUUACACGACACCCGAAGUCGGCUGGGUCGGCAAAUCGGAGGAGGAUCUCAAGAAAGAGGGCAGGGCAUACAAGGUGGGCAAGUUCCCGUUCCUGGCUAACUCAAGAGCGAAGACUAACGGCGAGCCAGAAGGCUUCGUCAAAGUCUUGUCUGACAAGACGACAGAUGUAAUCCUCGGCACCCACAUCAUUGGACCCGGCGGCGGUGAGCUGAUCAACGAGGCAGUGUUGGCGCAGGAGUACGGAGCGGCCGCUGAGGACGUCGCCCGAGUAUGCCACGCACAUCCCACAUGCGCGGAAGCUCUACGUGAAGCGAACAUGGCUGCAUACUUUGGAAAAGCAAUCAAUUUCUAGUUUUAGAAAUAGUGUCUGAUCAUUAAUUUGACCCACUCAAACACCAGGGCUUUGUUAAUAAGUUAGCUAAUAUAGAUUCGCUCGUAAGUAAUCGUGUGUGAAUCAGAUUUGAAUGUACUUUGGGUAUAUCUGUAUGUCAUUGAUUCAAUCCCCGUACAUGUCCCAUAAUUCGCUAAUCUCAGUGCAAUGUCUAAAGAACGAGUCACGGCAUAUUUAUAUAAUUUGUUUUUUAUGUGUUUACUAUUUAUUUCUGAAUACUUAUUUUAUAUUAGCGUUAUUUUCAUUCCGAUUUAUUUAUAUUUACUUUUUGAAGACCGUUGACUUGCUUCUUGCAUUUUAAAGUCAAUGAUUUACCUUGUAUUUAUUUUGUAAAUAUAGUUUUACAAAAAUAAACAUUCUAUACUCAA